CUGGGCUCGGUGGCUGCCAGUCCCAUCACGCACCUGGAUGCGGAGCUGCCCCUCAGCGUGGAGACGCUGGCGGUCCUGAGCACCGCACUGCCCGGCGUCACCUCGCUGCGCCUGGACAACCUCAUCCCGCCGCCGCAGAACCACGUGCAGAUCAUGUCGGACAUUCGCGUGUUCCCCGAUGUACGGAAGCUCGACCUGGCGGUCACCGCAUGGGACCAGGUGCAGCACCUGGCGCCGCUCACGCAGCUCACGGAGCUCAAGCUGCGGUACUGCAUGUGGAACAUUCCGGAGCUGACGCCGCUGGCCAGCCUGCAGCAGCUGCACACCUUCAGCAUCGAGGUCCUGGACGACCGCGCCCGCUUCCAGCUGGACUUCCUGGGUCCCCUGGUUCGCGGUCUGCCCCGCCUGCGCCACCUGCGCGCCUCCCUCAUCCUCUCCCGCACCGUGGUGAGCGAGGGCGGCCCCGCCAGCUGCGACUUCCUGUCGGGCUGCGGCCUGCAGACGCUGGAGCUGGACGUGCGGGCGCCGCAGGACGCGGCGCGGACGGUGCAUGUGCACUUCCGCAACCUACACCUGGCGCCGCAGAGCUGCAAGGUGCGCCUUACCAUCCGCGCGGACGCCCUCACCCGCGAGACCUCCUUCGAGUCGGCAGCCACCCGCAAUGCAACCAUUAUCGCGCCACGACUGGGCAUGGCUAAUCCCUCCCCCCCCGAGCCCCGGGAGCGCUGGGGCGCCCUCAACCUGCCCGAGCUAGGGGGCCACCCGCCCGGCGCGCUAUCGCUGCUGCACCUGCGGGGAUACCAUGUGCCCCUCACCACGCUGCCAGACCUAUCGGCGGCGCGGCUCACAAGACUGCAGAUCAGCAACGCCCGACUGUGUCCUGCGGACUUCACUGCCCUGGCCGGCUGCACCUCCCUGGAGCACCUCUUUGUGAGGUUCAUGUACGCGUCAGACACCUCCACUAGCACGGGCGCCAACCACGGCACCGGCGCGGCUGUUUGCGAGGGCGGUGGAGCCAACGUGCCCAAGGGCCCCACGGGAAGCGCUUCCACCAGCGGUAGCGGGGAGGAUACGAGUGAAGCCGCACUCUUUGGCUACGUGGGUGGUUUCAAGGCGCGUGUAGCGGCGGCCGGCUGCCAUUCCAUGCUAACGCGAUCGCGCAAAUCGCUGCUUGGGAACGGUCGACAAAGCAUAGGGGCUACUGGCGGAAGCGCCGGCGGCGGCCGCCCGAGCACCGGAGCCGCCGGAGGAAGAGCAGCACUCCCGGCGGUGACGACGCCGGUGGUGGCAGCGGACUGUACGGUGAGCCCAGUGCCGUACGUGCUACAGCCGCUGUUGCAGCUCCGGCGGCUGCACAGCUUGGAGCUUUUGGAGGAGGGUGACCCGGAAGGCGCAACGGUUACGAGCACACCCACGGCCAACGGUGUUGGCUCCUCUACUGGGCAUGCGCUCGCUACCACCACCGCAGCGGCCGUGGGACCAUCAGGGGCGGGUGCUGGCAGGGGGGUGGCGGCGGCCAAGGGCUCAGCGGCUGCUGGCUCAGCGGCAGCACAUGGCGGAGCUCGGCAACACCGCGGGGGGACCAAAGCAGCCACAGCUGCUGCUGCUGCAGCGGCGGCGGUAGGUGGCGCUGCUGCAGCAUCGCAGCACCACCAGCAGCACCACCACAAGACUCGCCGCCUGCCAUCGCUGCCCAUGAGCCGCUCCGCUCUCACGCACUUCCUGCAGCACCUGUCCCGCGCACAACAGCUCACCCACCUCUCCAUCUCGCUGCUGGCAGAUGAGUCAUCCCUGCCGGACUGCCCAUGCAAGACCUCGUGCUUCACCUCGGCAGCUAGCUCCGGAACCAAGGGGACGAAGGAGGCAUCGUUGCGGCCCCUGCGCCCCGAAACCAUUGCGGAGCUGCUGCUGGUAAGCGGAGCAGCGGCUGCAGCAGCAGCUUCGCGGUCCAAGGAGCGCAGGUACAAGGUGGUGCUAGGUAGUCUAACCGCUGAAUCGGCGUGUUGGUACCGGCCCAGCGCCUGGCCUGCGCUGGAUGACUGAUUGGACGGGUAGAGCGCCCCUUCCAUGACCCAUGGGUCGUUGGGAAAGGGGCAAAGGCCGGGGAUGCUGUCGUCAUUAUCCGGUGCAGGUUCGGUGCAGGUCAAGUUUAACAAAAACAGAUGGAUGACGAGCGACAGUUGGCAUGCAUGUGGAGGGAAGGAAAUGGAGGGCGAGAGCCGACGUGGAGGCUGAGGAGUUAUUGCAAGUCAUGCGCUGCGCAGGAUGUUGCUGCAGAUGUCAUAAUGGUUGUGGAUGAGGCCGGUUAAGGGGAAUGGGGAUGUUCCGAACGCCAUGGCGUGGAAGGGGCGCUUAGUAGAGACCUUAUUCAGGCGCUGUGCAGGCUAGGGCCCUGGCAUCUGCGUUCUGUAAUGUCCUUAUUGUUAAAGUUCACAUAAGUACGAGUUGUCUAGAUGCAGAUUUAGACACAGGGUCCGGGCUAGAAGCGACCAGAACAGGAUAGCAGGUAGGGAUGGCGCGCGUGCAUCCGUGCCUGUGAGUAUGCGUGUGUACGGCACGUACUGCCGAGUAACAGUACCGCAGUCGAGUGAAUUGGGGAAGAGGGUUGUUUAGUGAUGUGUUCCUUACAGAUACCGGUAUGGACUGGUUACAAGGUAAAUGAGGUGAGUAUGCAGCGUGGGCGGUCGGUGAAAUAUGCGUCUAAGUUAGCAACGUUGAUUUGUUGGAGAAGGGAACUUAUAACGCGAACGAUAACGCGAACUUAUUGCCCGUACUUCCGUGUUGCUCUUGCUCCCGUGUUUUUCGUACACAGGAAACAAGUGACGGCGUGGUCACUGUCAUGCCGAAGGUUAAAACUACACAUGUUCACAUGUGUGGGUAGCUACCAAGACCGCGUUUGGGUUUGACUUUGCAUGCGUCAGAAUCCCUGCCUGCUGAUGACGACGCUGUGGCAGAGGUGUCCUGCAUGUGCACGCGGUAUUGCAAGAAUGCACAGAGUGCGGCAGGUGUAUGCAAACUUGACUUUUGCCUUGCACAUGCUUGGGUAAGAACAUCUGGGUUGUUAGUGGGAGCUAUGGCUGGGCACGCCCUAGCUGCCGAACAUAGCGCCAGGUAACGUAAAAGGCAGACUUAAUAGACGACCCCCCAAUGCUAGGAGCUACCUGCGCCUACCGCUCCUGGCUGGGGGGGGCUGUUGGUGGUAUGUGCCUUUCCUCUUACGCAAGGCGGUCGAUGAGAUGCCUGUCUACGGAAACUGUGUACCAGAAACGAGGGCCACGAAGACCUUGACGAGCUGGCACUGUGUAAUGAAGGCUGCAUUAGGGA